AAAAUGGCGAGGGUUGAGAACAACCAAAACAUUGAACAAGAAGAUGACGAGGUGAACGACUGUAAGAUUGAUCCGUUACUUGGUGAUUCUCAUGAAUACACCAUUGCAGCGGUAGGGAAUGUCACCGAUGCGGAAGGGGUGGAUCCGUCUCCGGCGGCGUCCACUGAUAGGGUGCUGUUGUUAAAGGAAGAACCGGAGGAGAAUGAUUUGCGAGUUUCUACGUCGGUUGGGAUGAAUAUGCAAUUGCAGAAGGUAGAGAAACAACCGGUGAAAAGAUCCUCAAAGGACCGGCACACGAAAGUGGAAGGCCGUGGUCGGAGAAUCCGUAUGCCGGCGGCUUGUGCUGCUAGAAUCUUCCAAUUAACGCGGGAACUAGGUCAUAAAUCGGAAGGUGAAACUAUAAGAUGGCUUCUAGAACGCGCCGAGCCAGCCAUCAUUGCCGCUACUGGAACGGGUACGGUUCCGGCCAUCGCGGUAUCAGUAAACGGAACGCUGAAAAUACCGACGUCAAACAACGAGGGAGAAAGCUCGAGGAAGAGAAGGAAAAGGGCUGCAAAUAGCGAGUUUUAUGAGGCGUCAAAUUUUGCACCGGUGGCUCCCAUUGCCCCACAAGGUCUUGUUCCUGUUUGGCCAGUGGGCUCUGGGAAUGGACUUAUUCCCACCACAGCAUUUACCGGUGGGGCAACUUUCUAUAUGCUACCGCCAGGCACUAAUACAACAGUUGCUGCUACUGGGGCUCAGUUGUGGGCCACUCCAAUACUUAAUGUACCUUAUGCAGCAACAGGGGUCUCUGCUGCUUGUGUGUCAAAAAGUGAUAACAAUGGAGGCAAGUUAAGCACAGUUGCUUCAGCUAUGCCUCCAAGUUCUAGUUCUACACAGAUGCUUAGAGAUUUCUCACUGGAGAUUUAUGACAAGAGAGAGCUUCAGUUUAUGGUUGGUUCUGGUUCCAGUGAAAUUGAUCAAACUUCCUCAUCUAAAUCCUGAUUAGGGUUCUAAGACCCAUUAAUUUAUCUUUUUUUGUUAAUCUCUUCUGGAUAAGCAUCUAGUUUUUUCAAAAGAUUAUUUUAACAUUUUGCUUGUAAGCAUCUAGGAAAGGAAGUUGCUCUGCUGUGACAUGGGUUCGUCAAUGUUAAAUGUCAACUUGCUGUUUUC